AGAAACGGCAGCAUUGCUGUUGGAAAGGGGUUCUUUCGAUUAUAAUUUUCGGGACGAGCGUCGCUUCCUUUUUCGGAAUUGCGGUGGCAAAAACGGAGGAAUAGGCAUCUUUAAGGAUUCUUUUUUCGUCGAACGUGAGCAGUGAGACAAGAAAGCGAUAAAUGUACGACAGUGUGGAGAAGUGGAAGAAAAGGAUCUGAAUUUAUGGUGCAGAUAGAUAGGAAGGGUGUGUGCGUGUGAAAAAUUCACUUUCUCAACAGUUUCCUUUCGGAUUUGUUGAAAGGAUUUGCCUAGGAGUGGAAAUCGAAAUUGGGAAUAUUGUUUUACGCUUUUCAUCCAACCAUUGCAAAGUGAUAAGCCGAUAAGUGCUUCGGAGUGCUUGUGAUUCAGAUAAUACAAUUUUUCGCGGAAUUUUAUUUUAUACACCAGUGAACGAGUCCUGAACAAAAUAGUGCGUAGUACCAGUCACCAUCUGGGAGCAGUUUUUCGCUCCAUUUGUUCACACGGAUACUUCAGCUUUAAGGAUUACCCAACAUUAGAACCGAUUUUUCCGGCCGAUUUCCGGACGUUGCCUUGAAUAACUGCCACAGAGGACCAUUGCUGCGUGUAAACGAAUCCAUACACGUGCCCAGUCUUUGAAAAGUAGAAAGAUUUCACCCGCAGAAAACCGUUAGAAAGCAGCCAUGGGCGAAACAGACGACAAGGAUACAGCGCCACCGGCUGCACCCACGGAAAAGACCACAACCGAAGCACCUGCUGCCACCGAAACCCAUCCGGAGCCAGAGGCUGAUCCGAAGGAAACCGAGAAACUACUAGCCAACCGCGAAGAAAAGACUGACGAGAAGGAAACCGAAAAACCUGCCGAAGAAAAGAAGAAGAGCAGCGAGAACGUGAACGGUACCGAAGAGAUCAUCAACAUCCCAGACGAGACUUCGACCGAAACGGUCAAGGUGGGAGACGAGAAGGCAGCCAAGACAGACAAACCGAACAAAGUACAGGCAGAGGAGCGGGAAGUCAAACCGAAGAAAGUGCCAGCCGGUGCCUUCAAGCUGCCAGGAUUUUUCAACAAAGGCAAAGUCAAGGAAACCGACGGAGCCGAUAACGAACUCUUGGAGAAGCAAGAGACAGAGAAGGAAGCUAAGGCUGUGGAAGCCGCAGCCGAAGAGAAACCCAAACGGGCGGGAUUCUUCGCCAAUCUACGCCUGCGGAAUCCGUUCGCCAAAAAGCAAGCUGAACCGGUACCAACCGAAGACACCAAGACUAAGCCCGAAGAGGAAGAGAACGAUGAAGUGACGGCGGAAGCCACCGAUAAGAAACCGGAGGAGGAAAACGCUACCGAAAAGAAAGAAGAAGAGGCAGGUCAAGCGCCAAAGAAGGGUCUCUUGGAUGCGCUAAAGGUGCCACUGGCUAGUAUAAUCCCCAAAAGGUUUAAAUCUGGAACGGGCGAGGGUGAGGAUGAUCUAGAAUUAGGCAAAAGGCCAAAGAAUCGUGCCGGUUUGGCGUCGAUGGAAACGCUGGACGAUUCGUUGAAGGAUACGGAAACAAAGGAUACGGUAGACAAUAAAACAGGCGUCAACGGAACCGAUUCGGAGGCUCUGGUGAAAUCCGAAGAGAAGAAGGACACCGAGAAGGAUGAGGCUGAGGAACCAACUCCUUCCAAGUAUCCAUGCCUAGAUCGUAUUAGGAACUACAGGUGCACAGUUGACGACAUUGCCAUCAUUACCGGAAUCCUUGUAUUCCUGCUUCUGCUCGCCUUAAUCAUUGCCUUUACCUUCAUUGGUAAGAGCGAACCGGUUACGGCUCCAGUCCGUGACGGAAAGUACAUCGAAACGGUUACAUCCUGCGGCAAGGUGGAAGGUGUCUUGGAAGAUGGUGCAUUUGCGUUCCGUGGAAUCCCGUAUGCCGUACCACCGGUAGGACCACUACGUUGGAAGGCUGCACAACCCAUUGAAAACAUCAACUACUGCUGGAAUGAAACCUUUAGAGCGCACAACUCCACGCCAGUUUGCUGGCAGUUUUACGCCGACGGCAAGGUCGAUGGUGCCGAAGAUUGUCUCACUCUGGACGUGAUCACUCCCCAUGUGCGGUACGACAAUCCACUGCCGGUAGUGGUCCUGAUCGGAGCUGAAUCCUUCACCGGAGACUCGCCCGGCAAGCUGCGUCCGUCAACUCGCUACGCCCGUGCUCGUGAUGUGAUUUUCGUGCGUCCCAACUUUCGAUUGAACGUUUUCGGUUUUCUUGCACUGGAAGAACUUACCAAGUCGGCUCAUCCUCCAACCUCGGGCAACUACGGACUGUCCGACAUUAUCGCAGCUCUCAAAUGGAUCCAGUUGAACAUUGCUCAUUUCGGUGGUAACAAGGAUUCGGUGACGCUUUUCGGACAUCGCGCAGGUGGAACGAUCGUUGCUGCACUGGCUUCGUCCAACAAGACCUCUAAAUUGUUUGCAAGAUCAUGGAUCUCAUCCGCUGCAUCAAUUUUCCCCGGAAACCCACUCCCCGAGUCGGAGAGAGCCAACACAGCAUACCAGAGCCGCAUCAAGUGCGAAGACGCCGAAUGUCUGCGCGACAAAGAAGACGAGGAUGUUUUGGAUGCCGUUCCGGAUACCUGGAGGCGAACCUUCCCCGAUCUUCCAUCCGUUGAGGAGAACACUACCGCCAACCACGAAUGGCUCGUUUUGGACGGACACAUUCUCCAACAGCACCCCGCUGACGUCUGGAAUUCGGCAACUGGCAACCUGAAGUACGUAAUCGGAACGACGGCCCACGAAAGCCACAACGAAAAACUGCACCUUAAAUACACCGAAUGGACUCCGGAGCUGGUCACGCAGCAUGUCAACGAGAGCAAGAUUGGAGAGCUCGGUCUCACCGAGGAAGCUCUCAAGCGAUACAACGCCACCUACCAGGGACUUGUUGCCAUGAUCUCGGACAUCCGAACGGUCUGCCCGCUGAUGACAAUCUCCAAGAACCUCCUGACCUCUCAAUUUUAUGUCGUAACGCAACCCGGUAGCGAGCCUGGCAUUGCCAACGUCGACUCGGACAUUCAGGCCAUUCUUGGUCGCUAUGAACCGAAAACCCCCGAACAGAGACGAUACGUCUCCGCCAUCCAGCAGCUGUUCUACCAUUACGUCUCGCACGGAGAGAUCAAAGCCGAACUCCGGCGGAAACUGCUCGACAUUGGCCAAGAUGCACUGCCCACUUACAACAGUGACAAUUGCGAUUUUUGGAUCAAGAACGACGUCGUUCCGCGUUACGCGCGGUUAGACUAAAGUGUGAAAAUAGGAUAGUGUUGUUCGAUAUUGACGUAACGCUAAGCAGAACCAGUUAUUUAAUGUAGCGCUCUCUGAUUCCCGCUUUUCAUUUUUUUUUUUUAAAUUGCAUACUAGAGCGGGACCAUUUCAUAUAAACAAUCCCGGUCAAAUAUUGGACCGGUUUUUGCUGCUUCCUAGUAACGAAUGGUAGUAAUUUUGAUACGAACAGAUUUUUACAUUCGCCCUUUUUUUCGGGGCGACACUCUCCUUCUCCUCUAUCUUCAGUAUUAGCGAAAUAUUAUCCUAUCACUAAAUCAUGGUUCGUUUCAGAACAACAUACUGACCAAAAAUAGACACGAGUAGAUUUCACAAUUCAUAUGCCCUUUACUCGUACAUAUUUAGAACAAAUUUUUGAAAACAACAUUUGAACAUUUUCUACAAAAGUUAAACGAAAUUCAUCUAAUUACGCUAGCAAGCAUCCUACAAUUAUCCCCCUAACAGCAUGUUUUGAUGAUAGUUAGUCCCCAGAAUGGAACAGUUGCGACGCAUUGAAAGCUAAUCUAAUGAAAUGGCUGUAAAAAGUUAUAGCUUUUAAAUACUAACAUUAUGAGACGUAAUGGAAAUCGUAAUAUAUUAAACAAAUCUCAUUAAUUUAUAGUAAAACAAAAUAAUAUGAAAGUGGAAUGAGGAACGGCAGUCGAAGGGAUUCUCCAAAACAGAGGGCUUCCUCGAUUGGCAUGAAAACAAAAUCUCUCUCUCUCUCUAUGUAAGGAAAGGAAUAAACAAAGUGGAUGAACUAAGCAAAGGAGCACGCGAAAAUCGUCAGUUUAGUUUGUAGUGCAUAUUGUUGUAAUUUAUACUUAUGAAUGUAACUUGUAAUUAUUAUGUACUAUUUCACGCAUUUUUCAUUAGUUCCAUGACAAUUUAGUGAUCAUUUUAAGUAAGGCAACUCCUAAGAUUUGUCCCCUCUGAUUGGUAGACGCGGUAAGGCAAUAGUUUUUAAAUCAAACAGGUGCCCAUGGUUCUUCAUGGAGCUGUAGGUAUUUCCGGAAACACACAAACAUUCGUAUAUUUAAAUGACAGUGUAUGAUUUUUAUUAAUUCAAUAAAGUACAACAGAACAGCAUCCGGGUUGUCAGACCUCAUACAUACAUAUAAAUAUUGACUUACAAAGGAUCCGCGAUUAUCAUACAAUAGCCAUUACAUUGUUUAGUGUAAAAACUGAAAUACUCAGCUCAAUAAAACAACCCCCUAUGGAAUUUCCACCAGCACCGGAAGGGUGUCUGCCCCUUUCGGGUGCUUGUGGAAAAUGCAGCAUAAAAUUCCCAAUUGAAGUAAACAAAAUAGUAGUAAUAUACGAAACGCAACGUGUAAAGAGAUCAAGAAGAAAAGGCUAGAAAUAUACAUUCGUCUUUUUUGGAUUGUAAGAAAA